AUGCUUCACCGAAACGCCAGCCUUUGCGACCUCCCCGUGGAGCUCAAGGUACUCGUCCUUUCCCACAUCGAGCGCGUCGAAACAGGUCAGAUACUGGGGUUGAGCUCGGACGUUUGGGAGGCUCUUUCCCUGCUCAGGGCUUUGCAGCAGGCUUUCUACUUCGAGGGGGCACCGAGCGAGUUCGCCGACCACCUCGUUCGUCUCCUGGGUGACGAUCGCGUGCGGUCCCUGGGCAAGGAGCGCGCGUUGGAACUCCUCAUAGGGGACGAUAAGGACCGCCUCUGCGAGUACGCCUGCGGACGAAACUUCGAGGUUCUGAAGUGGGCUCACAACGAGCUCGACCUUCCGUGGGCGCCGUAUCCCGCCGGGCGCGUGAGCGACGACGUCCUCGCGCUACGCGUGCUACGUGAGACAUGGCAGCUCGAAGGGAUGUGGUCGGAGAACGUAGGGCCGGAGGGGUGGUACGGGGUGACGAUGGUUGACGGCCGAGUGGUGAAGCUCGAGUUGUGCAACUCCCAGGGACUUGGUGCGGUGCCGGCGGAGAUGGGGCAGCUCACGUCGCUGAAGGGGUUGUACCUCUGCUGCAAUCUGCUGAUGAGCGUGCCGGCUGCGAUACGCAGGGCGCGAUGUUAUGUGGGUCUGGAUCGCGGCGUGACGGUGGACGAGUAA